AUGCGUCGCGAUCUUAUCCGCAAUGGACCCCCGUAUCAUAAUAAGAAAUAUGAUGAAAGUUACUCAAUGUCCGUGUAUGAUUUUGUUGAAACCUGCAAAAAUAGAGAUAGUAAAAAGUUCGAGUUCAACGCUAGUGACAAACGAGGUCCACCUUCCGGUUAUAAAGUUGGGAUGUUUUGUUAUCUCAACAAUCGUUUGUAUAUGGCUGGAGAAGGAAAACGAACUUUUGCAUACGAUUUGACAUCUUCACAGUGGUUGAGACUGUAUGACAUGAACGUUGCAAGAAGCAAGUUCUAUUUUGGUGAGAUGAAUGGACACUUGUACGCUGUCGCUGUGAUGUGCAAUCAUUUUUUAUGUUGUUCAUGUAACGGGAUGAUAAAUGUUAGUGGAGGGUGCAAUAUUCCUAAUGGUUAUGAAGCAGAGAAGCGAAUGUGGCAGUAUGAUCCUGCAUCCAACAGAUGGGCAGAAAAACCCCUGAUGUUAAGUAGUAGGCGUUUUGGGCACGAUAUGGUCAGCUUUAGAGAUGUUCCUUUUGUAUUUGGUGAUUUGGACUCUAAAAAGAAUUCUAUGAGCUUAGAGAUGUAUGACUGUGCAACUGGUCAGUGGUCGUACGUGAUUAAAAUGAAGAAACCGGUGAAAGAAUCUCUAAACUUCAUCAUCAAAAACUGUCUUUUUAUUUUUAACAAGCGUUCUAAUUUAUUUCAAAAAAUUAACCUUAGUAAGUGCCUAAACAACAGAAAAUCGUCAUCACCGAAUGCAUCACACGCGUUGCCUGCUAAUGAUGAUGAUUGGGCUGAUGAUGACGUUGCAAAUAAUGAACCGAGGAAGUUAAUGUCAGGUGGUAUCGAUAAUGAUGAUGAGGGUGGUAAUGUUGAUGGAGAAAAUGAUGAUACGGAUAACAAUUUUAACGAUAAUGAUGUUUUUGGUACUACCGACGACGAUGAUGUUUGUGAAGUCUGUACGUACACGACUGGUUACAACGUCUUGAAAGAACCCUAUUGGCUCGGCAUUGUCAACAUACCAGCAGAUGCAUAA